GGAAAAUCUACUCUUCUCAAUACUCUGCUCUUCAGAAAUAUGGGGAAACUCGAGGUUUCUGGGACUAGGAUUGCCAAUAACGCUCUUGUAACUCCAAACAAUCUGACAGCUCUCUCAGGAUAUGUCCAGCAAGAUGAUUUGUUUAUUCUUGGUUUAACCGUUCGUGAACAUCUCUGCUUCCAGGCGAUGGUGAGGAUGCACUGUGGGUUGAGUAAAGAGGAGAAGUGGGAGAGGGUUGAGGAGGUUCUAGACGAGUUGGAGCUACGUGAUGUACAGCAUACCUUGAUAUCUUCAGCCACUAAUGAGGUUGAGGGUAUAUCUGGAGGAGAAAAGAAAAGAUUAUCCUUUGCUUGCGAGGUGUUGACCAGCCCUUCCUUACUGUUCUGUGACGAACCAACAAGUGGACUGGAUUCUCAUAUGGCGAGCAGUGUUAUUGAUGUUAUGGUCAAGUUCGCGGAGCAGGGUAGAACUGUUCUAACUACCAUCCAUCAACCAUCUUCUCUCAUUUUCUCAAAGAUGGAUCAGCUGAUGUUGAUGUCCGAGGGUAGAACCAUCUACCUUGGUCCUGCUUCUAAUGCUCUUCUCUUCUUCAACAAGUGUGGAUUUGAAUGCCCAUCAAAAUAUAAUCCUGCUGAUUUCUUCAUAGAUGCACUUGCAAUUAACCCAGCGGAUCCUGAGAGGAGUAGGAAGAAGGUUGAGAAGAUAGCCAACAAGUUCAAGGAGAGUAGGGUUGGGAUAGAUCUAGAGAAUGAGAUAGAGAAUGAUCUCAAGUAUCUGGCUCUUAGUGAAGAAACAGUCUCAAGAUCUCCUUACAAGGCUAGCUGGGCAACUCAGUUUAUUGCCUUAUGUUGGAGGAACGCUACUAACGUGAGAAGAGGAGGUUGGAUCGUUCUUGUAAGAGUUCUUACAAAUAUGUUAACUGCUCUCAGUUUUGGUUCCCUGUAUAUGGGUAUAGAUAGUAGUACUCUGAGUGGAGCGGUUUCCAUCAACGGUGGAUUAUUUCUGCUGGUGGCAGUCCUGGCCUUCUCCAACAUCUUCCUUACCAUCAACGUGUUCAAUCCGGAGAUCAAAAUAUUCUUUAGAGAACAUUUUAGCGGAAUGUACAGAGUGGACACCUUCUAUCUAGCUAAAGGGAUUAUUGAUUUGCCGAUCAGCCUUGUGUCUAACAUCGCCUUCCUGAUGGUGUUCUACGGUCUGCUGGGGCUCAGCUGGGCCAAGUUCCCCGCAGUGCUGGUCAUCGUCAUCUGUACAGUCAUAUCUGUUUCUUCAUUCGGGUUUAUGAUUGCUAGUAUUGUAGCAACUGUAGAUAUUGGAUUAGCUUUAACUCCAAUGAUGGUAAUGCCUCUGAUGCUGCUGGGUGGUCUAUUCAUAUCUAUCAACGCUCUGCCUCCUUACACGAAACCGGUGAGGUUUAUCUCCUUCUUCUUCUUCGCAUUCGAGGCCCUGGCCUCUAAUCAGUGGGAGGAUACACAGGGGAUAUCCCUACACUGUCCUAAGAACUUCAGUAUAACUGCCAAUAUAACUGAUUGUGGAACUGUAGAUGGAGCAGAGCUGCUAUAUCAACAAGGACUGGAAAUGGGCCACAAAUGGAUCGAUUCCGGAGCACUGUUGGUCCUAGCAAUCCUCUUCCAGAUCAUCGGCUUCAUCGGGCUCAGCAUCAGAGCCAGGAAACGGUAGAUCAAACUGAUCAAUCCAAUCAGAUCAAUCAGAUUAGAUCAACUACAUCAAGAUCAAAUAUAAUCCCCUGCGCUUUGUGAAGUGUUUUUUUUUGUCAUAUUUAAUGUUGAUUUUUAUUUGUGUUAAUACCCAUUUAUUGUUAAAGAUAUUCAUGCAAAUAUGCAUGUUGACUAAAAUUCCUUGUAUUUAGAAUGAUUUUUAUUGUGAAUUUAAAAUUAUGAAUAUUCAUGAUAUCUUAACUAGGAUCAUGAUUAAAAUUAACUGUUAUUUUGUAAUAAAAAAUAUCAAUAAA